AACGAAGAAGACAACGAGGACAAGGGCGGGGGCGAGGACGAGGACGAGGGCGAGGACGAGGACGAGGACGAUGACCCGGAGAGCCCAGGAAGCGUUUUGUACCGCCUCUUGGGGGAAACCGUCGAGUCCUUGACCACCUCAAUCAUCGAAGACCAAUUGUCCAGCUUACAACCCGACUGGCGCAAGCCGAACGAAUCUCGUUCGCUGUUCAAAGAUCUCACAACGCCUGAGUUCGCGCAGCACGUAUUCGGGGUGCGCGUCCCUCCCGCGCGUGGAGAGGAGUGCCGGAUCCUUCGCAAUCUGUCUCGCCGUGAGUACGUGCACAGCAAGACGCUGCAAGAAUUCAAGGCUCGUUAUUCUGAAGAACACCCCGGAACCAAGGUCACGUCCGAGUUGCGACGCGUUGGAUUGAGCGAGGCCGUGGUCCUGCGCACCAUCUGGUCAUCCGACGGCUCUUGUUCCAUGUGUUACCAACAAAAGAAAGACAAUUUUCACCGCGGAGUAUGGGCGGGCAAUCGGUUUGAUAUCGUGUCGGACAGUACCUUUGAAAAGGAGAAGGGUGAAGGAUGGAGAGACGUGUCCGAAGAAGUGGCGUUAGAGCUGAUCGCAGUGUGGGCAUGUGAAUUCGCCUAG